AUGGCCGGUCUCAAACGCCCUGUCGAUGCGAACGAAGAUCGCAAUGGAAAGCGGAGCAAGACCAAGCAGGGCUCCGCACCCGUGAAGAAGUCCAAGGUCGCUGCGCCAGUGAAGAAGUCCUCAUCAAAGAAGGAUUCCAAGUCUGGAAAGAGCGACAAGACCUCUUCCAAGAAAAAGUCCAAGAAGGAGGAGUCUGAGUCCGAGGAUGACUUCGAUAUUGAUGAUGUUUCCGAUUCUGGAGACGACGACCUUGAUGAACUUGAUGAAAUUCCUGAGGAUGAUGUCGAGAUGGACGAUGCUAGUGAUGACGCGGAGGAGGAGAAGGAAGAAGAGUCUAGCGAGGAGAAGCAGGAGAGCAAGCCGGAGGAACACAGGAACCCCAAUGUCAAUGCCUCUCGCGAAUCCCACGCCAAGCAGAAGCUCCUUCAACAAGAGCGUAAAGCCGCCAAGCCUAAUGCCGAUACCAUUGCCCGUUCCAAGAAGCUCUGGGAGCAGUUGCGCCGCAAGUCCCACGUCCCACUGGAGCAGCGAAAGAAGUUGAUCAAGGAACUCUUCGAGAUCAUUACUGGUCGUGUUCAGGACUUCGUUUUCAAGCACGAUUCCGUUCGUGUCAUUCAGACAGCCUUGAAGUACGGUAACCUGGAGCAGCGCAAGCUGAUCGCCCAGGAAUUGAAGGGACACUACAGAGAGCUGGCUCAGAGCCGCUACGCUAAGUUCUUGGUUGGAAAGCUGAUUGUUCACGGUGACUCGGAGACACGGGACAUGAUCAUUCCGGAGUUCUACGGCCAUGUCAAGCGUCUUAUUCGUCACCCUGAAGGUUCUUGGAUUCUCGAUGAUAUCUACCGCACAGUCGCUACCAAGGAGCAGCGCACAAGAAUUCUGCGCGAGUGGUACGGUCCUGAGUUCGUCAUCUUCCAAGAUGACAAGGAGAAGUCUUCCGACCUUCUCAAGAUUCUCGAAGCACACCCAGAGAAGCGUUCCCCCAUUCUGCGCUUUUUGCACGAGCUGAUCAACCAGCUGGUUCAGAAGAAGACCACCGGUUUCACUCUGCUGCACGAUGCCAUGCUGCAAUAUUUCCUUGCUACCAAGCCCGGUAGUACUGAAGCGAACGAGUUCAUCGAGUUGCUCAAGGGUGACGAGGAGGGUGAUUUGGUCAAGAACUUGGCUUUCACAAAGUCUGGCUCCCGCCUGAUGAGUUUAACUCUGGCUUACGCCAACGCCAAAGACCGCAAGUUGCUUUUGCGUUUCUACAGAGAUACUGUCAAGGCUAUGGCUGGUGAUGUCAACGGCCACAUGGUCCUCCUUGCCGCAUACGAUGUUAUUGAUGACACCAAGCUGAGCUCCAAAUCCAUUUUCCCCGAGCUCUUGAACCAGAGCGACUCCGCAGAAGCCCGCAACGAGGAGCUCUUCUUCCAGGUUACUGAUCUGACUGCCCGUGUUCCCAUUCUGUUCCCCUUUGCCGGCGACCGCGUCAAGUGGCUUCUGCCUGAACAGGAUCACGCUGUCCUGCAAGAGGUCCGUGAGAUCCGAAAAGAAACCUCAAAGAAGGAGCCCGCCAUCCGUCGUCAAGAGCUCGUCAAGGCUGCAUCGCCAACUCUUUUCGAGUUCAUCGCUGCUCGCGCUGAGAACCUCCUCGAGACUACCUUCGGUUGCCAAUUUAUCGGCGAGGUCCUCAUUUCCGGUGAGGGUGACAAGACCGCCGCUCUCACUGCCGUGGCUGAGGCCGCUAAGACCAAGUCCGAGACCCGUGACUCCGCCGCUGUUGGUCGUUUGCUCAAGUCCCUCGUUCAGGGUGGACACUUCAACCCAGUUGAGAAGACCGUGGAGAAGGUGCAGCCUCCAUUGAACUUCCACACACUGUUGUACGAGCAGAUCCGCGAGGAAGUGAUGGAGUGGGCCACUGGAUCAAACACAUUCGUUAUUGUCGCGAUGGCUGAGUCGGACGACUUUGAGAAGAAGAGCGAGUUGCUCAAGACUCUGAAGAAGAAUAAGAAGGCGCUGGAGCAGGCCUCGGCGUCGGGUCAAGAGGGCAAGAAGGCCGGCCCGGCUAGCAGUGGUGCCAAGUUGCUGCUGCAGAAGCUGUAA